UCUUUUUUCAAAUUUUGUGACAUUCAUUUGUUUCCGUAAAUGCCAUUUGUGUACAAUUUUCGAAUUUAUGCAAGAUGUCGGGUGAAAAAAUCAAAAUAGUUAAAAUUGAGCACCGUGCAGUGAUCAAAUUCUUAACAAAAGAAGGAAAUACGCCCUCGCAUAUCCGAGAGCGUAUGUUGCGUGUGUUUGGUGAUUCGUGCCCUUCAGAAUUCACUAUAAAAUUUUGGUCCAAGCAAUUUAAAAUUGGUCGUGAAAGCUUGGAGGAUGACCCCCGUAGUGGAAGGCCGAUUUUUGCGGUUACGGAGGAAAAUGUAGCCAAAGUAAAAAAAAUAAUUCUAGAAGACCGACGGGUGAAGCAGUGGGAGAUAGCCCGAGAUGUGGGCAUAAGUAAAGAGAGAGUUAAUGAAAUAAUUCAUACACAUUUGAACAUGUCUAAGGUGAGUGCGCGCUGGGUCCCCAGAAUGUUAACGCCUUUUGACAUGGACAGACGGGUGAAAUGUUGUAAGGACUUUUUGAACAUGAGUCGGGGGAAAGAAGAAGAAAUUAUGUCAAAAGUAGUGACGUGUGAUGAGACCUGGAUCAGACAGUGGGACCCAGAAAGUAAGCAAGAGUCUUUACAAUGGAAGUUCAAAGACGAGAAGCCUCCUAGGAAGUUUAAAGUUCGACCGUCAGCUGGCAAACUUAUGGCUACGGUGUUCUGGGAUAUAGAAGGAAUAUUAAUGAUUGAUUAUUUACCAAAAAGAACUACCAUGAAUGCCGAAUAUUAUUCUAACCUGCUACGCCAGUUAAGGGAUGCAAUAAAAGAAAAAAGGAGAGGCAAAUUAAGCAAAGGAAUUUUGAUGUUACACGAUAACGCACCUGUCCAUACUGCCCGCACAACGCAGCUGGUUAUGAAAGAAUUAGGCUUCGGUACCAUUGACCACCCACCGUAUAGUCCAGACCUAGCCCCCUGCGACUAUUUUCUCUUCCGAAAUCUGAAGAAAGACCUCCGAGGCAGAAAAUUUUCUACUGAUGAUGAGAUGAAGGCUGCUGUAACGGACUUUUUUGACGACAAACCAAAAGAUUUUUUUUUUCAUGGGUUAAUGUCAUUAUUUGACAAAUGUAAUAAGUGCAUUUCCCUCGAAGGGGACUACAUAGAAAAAUAAAAUAAAACUGGACACUACAGUCUUUUAUUUCAUACUUAGGUAGAUUACUAUUCAGCCGCCCCUCGUAGAUAUGACAGUUGAUUUAAAAUAAAAAUAAAUACUAAGAAAAUAGAUGAUUCAUGGAGUUGAUUAAAAUAUGAAGAAGCAUUGAAGUAAAUCUUAUUUUUGUUUUUUAUUUUUAGUAGGAUAAGUAAAAAUGUUUCUAUUUCUUUCCAUUCUUCAUUGGUCUGCGGUACCUGAAACAGUAAUUUAUUUUCAUUCUAUUUCACAGAUUCGUCGUCCCGCUAAUGAAGACACUGCUUAUCAGGAAUCUUAGGACAACAGCCCUGCCCUCACACUCAAACAACAACCAGGAAGUACCAGCUAAUACAUCCGACAACCAGCAAGUACCAGUUACUGUGACUACGACUGUUACCAAUACCGGAAAUACUGCGAGAGGUAAAAAGAGGGCUAGAGAUAUUUUUCAAGCCAUUUCUGAUUUGGAAAAGUUAAAUGAAGAUGUGAGUUCUGAAAAAGAAACUGUAUUAGAUAUUGAUGGAAGGAGU